AUGACUGAGACGGUAGCUCACAAAGAAAGCGAGGAUGUGUGCAAGCCGUAUGACCAAUUCAUCCUCUUCGGCGACUCCAUCACCCAAAUGUCUUGCAAUCAGGCACUCGGGUUUGCCUUCGCUGCAGAAUUGCAAGAAGUCUACAGUCGCAAAUUGGAUGUGAUCAACCGAGGCUUCUCAGGUUACACUACUUCCCACGCAAUCAAAGUCUUUCCAAAAUUCUUCCCGUCUCCCCAAACUGCUAAUGUGCGACUCAUGACCAUUUUCUUCGGCGCCAAUGAUGCAUGCGUUCCAAAUCAUGCCCAGCACGUCCCUCUGGAUCAGUACAAGGAGAAUCUGAAAAGCAUAAUCCAACACCCUGCUACUCGGGCUCAAAACCCCUACAUCGUUAUUAUCACUCCGCCGCCAGUCAACGAGUACCAGCUCGAGGUAUUUGACAGUGAGAAAGCUACUCCGCAUCCUAGCCGAACAGCCGCAUACGCGAAGAUGUACUCCGAGGCUGCCCUCGAAGUUGGAGCAUCUCUUAAAGUCCCCGUGGCGGAUGUUUGGACUGCAUUCAUGGAGACUACUGGUUGGAAAGAAGGCCAGCCUCUAGUUGGAUCUCGGAAUCUUCCUAAUAAUGAACAGUUUGCCAGCCUUUUUACGGAUGGAUUGCAUCUGAUGCCAGCCGGAUACCGCAUUGUAUAUGAUGAAUUAUUGAAGGUCAUACGAGCCAAUUGGCCCGAACAGGCCCCUGAGAACCUGCCAAUGGUGUUUCCUGCGUGGACCGAGGCUCCGAAAUGA